UUCUCCCCCCACAACCUCUCCCAACGCGCGCAACCGUUCCCUAACACCUCACCUUCCUUAACUCGUCUUCCUCAACACCGACAGUCUUUUCUUGCUGCGCCAGCUAUCUUCUUUUCCCCUAACACAAUGAAACCAUCCUUUUUCCUCCCGUUCCUUGCUGCUUCCUACGUCGCCGCACACGGCUAUGUGCAAAAGGUCACUAUCGAUGGCACAGAAUACACUGGCCCCGCAGUCGGUUCUGGCAGUACCGAUGGAAUCACCCGCGAAGUCUCAACCCAAGAUCCUAUCAAGGGUGCUACGAACUCCGACCUUACCUGCGGACCAGGUGCCCUCGCAGCUAGCAAGGUCGCCGAUGCCAAUCCUGGAAGUUCCAUCUCCUUCCUAUGGACCGGUGCUAGCGGUUCACCAUGGCCCCAUAAUGUCGGACCCAUGAUGACCUACAUGACCAACUGCGGCGACCAGUCAUCCGCCGACUACGAUCCAACGGGAACAGAAUGGUUCAAGAUUGAAGAAGCCGGAAGGACUAGCAACGGCACAUGGGCGCAAGCCGCUCUCAUGAAUGGUGUGGCCGCCGAAGUAACCAUCCCAAGCAAUCUCGCUGCCGGAAAUUACCUCAUCCGCCACGAGAUAAUCGCUCUUCAGAACGGCCAGGCUGAAGGAGGUGCCGAGUUCUACGCUUCGUGCACUCAGCUCAAAGUUGGGGGCUCUGGUACUGGUACUCCCCCCAGUAGUGAUCUUGUGCAGUUGCCUGGAGCUUACAGCGACACUGAUCCUGGGAUUCUUGUUGAUGUUUAUUCCAACACGAAUGCCGCGUACACUUUCCCUGGCCCUGCAGUCGUCGACCUUGGUGGUAGCGGCUCAAGCGCCGCUUCUUCCGCUACCUCCACCAACGGACAUUCGUCCAGUGCCAUACCCACUGCCGUCUCUUCUACCACCUCCACCAGAAAGCAUUCAUCCAGUGCCGUACCCGCCUCCGACGGCUCAUCUUCUGUCGUGCCAAAGCGAAGCUGCAAGCUGGAGAAGCCCGCGAUUACCAACGACACCCUUACCAAGAGGGAAACUAGACCCCGCCAUAUAUCUAGAAUCAUGCGCGGUUUGAAUAUUUUUUCUCGCAGGCAUUAACACGCUAGAACGCACCUUAAUGAUCGCACGCUGGCCUGUGCUUUGACAUGCUAGUCCAUGUUUUGUUACGUGUUCUGAUACCCUUUUA